AUGUCUUCCGUUGAUAUCCAGUCCAUCCUCUCGUCCCUCACUCUUGAGGAGAAGAUUUCACUUCUUGCUGGAAAGGACCUUUGGGAGACUGUCCCUAUCCCAUCCAAGGGCGUUCCAAAUGUCAAGACUUCAGAUGGUCCCAAUGGUGCUCGAGGAGCCGCCUUUGCUGGCGGCACCAGUGCUGCUUGCUUCCCUGCUGCUUGUCUGAUGGCCUCGACCUUUGAUGUCGACCUGGCAAAGAGGAUUGGAACUGCCCUUGCUGAGGAGACUCACUCCAAGGGUGCCCGAUGUCUUCUUGCUCCCACCAUGUGUCUUCACCGUCAUCCCCUAGGCGGCCGUAACUUCGAGUCGUUCUCAGAGGAUCCUCUCUUGACCGGAAAGAUGGCUGCCCGGGUCGUCGAGGGUCUGCAAGAGCAGGGUGUCUCGGCCACCAUCAAGCAUUUUGCUGCCAAUGAACAGGAAACUGAACGUUUGACUGUGGACGAGACCAUCAGCGAGAGAGCACUACGGGAACUCUACCUUCGUCCCUUUGAGAUUGCUGUCAAGGAAGCCAAGCCUUGGGCAAUCAUGACUUCCUACAACAAGGUCAACGGACACCAUGCCGAUUCAAACCAGUUUCUACUAAAGCAGGUUCUUCGCGGCGACUGGGGAUGGGAUGGUCUCAUUAUGAGUGACUGGGGCGGUGUCAACUCCACUGCUGAGUCGCUCGAGGCUGGCCUAGAUCUUGAGAUGCCCGGUCCCACCCGUUGGAGGAAUACCGAGGACGUCAUUGCUGCUAUCAAGGCCGGCAAGACUUCCGAGGAGACUAUCAACGAGCGUGCAACUCGUGUACUCAAGUUCCUCGAGCGCCUUAACUGCUUCAAGGACCCUACCAUUCCUGACGAGAGAGCCGUCAACAACCCCAAGCACCAAGCUCUGAUCCGAGAGGCCGGAUCCAAGGGCAUUGUUCUCCUGAAGAACCAAGACAACAUUCUCCCUCUGUCGAAGGAGAAGGUCAAGGGUAAGAAGAUUGCUCUUCUUGGCCACGCCAAGAUUGGUCUAGCACACGGUGGUGGCAGUGCUUCUGUCAACGCUCACUAUAGAAUUACACCUUGGGAUGCACUUCACGAGGCCCUCGGCGACAGUGUUGAAUUCUCUUAUGCUAAGGGAGCUCACACCUUCCGCAUGCUUCCCCCAAUCUCCGAAAAUGUUGUCGAUUUGGAUGGCAACCUAGGUUUUACUUACAAGAUGUUCGAGCCUGGCAACCCUGAGCCUAUUGAGGUGCGAUCAGGACAUGCUAGCUCUGAAGUGUCGCUUCUCAGCGGUUUUGGCUUUAGCAACAAGGACAUUACCCUUGAGGGUACCUUUACUGCUCAGGAGACUGCCAAGUACUACUUUACCGUCUCGGGUCUGGGCCCUAGCAAGCUUGCCAUCGACGACAAGGUUGUUUUUGAGCAGAAAGAGAACUGCCGUGAUGCAAUGGGCUUCCUCUUUGGUGGUGUUAACCCUCCUGAGUUCAAGGUCUCGUUGGAAGCGGGACGCAAGUACAAGCUAGCCAUGUACACAUCGCCUCCUGUUCCAAAGGAGGGAGUGGAUAUUGGUAUUCUAGAGGGACGGUGCGGUCUCCGAGUGGGAUACAUGUCGGAAGCUGAGCACGAUCGUGAUCUCCUUUCUGAAGCCAUCGAUGUUGCCAAGGAUGCCGACUACGCUAUUGUCUUUACAGGUCAUGAGCCUUUCUGGGAGACGGAAGGCCAGGACCAGGUCAGCUUCAACUUGCCAAAGGACGGCAGUCAGGAUCGUCUUGUUGCCAAGGUUGCUGAGGCGAACCCCAACACCAUCGUUGUCAACUCCACCGGUGUCGCGAUUGCUAUGCCCUGGCUGGAUGAGAUUCAGGGCUUUGUUCAAACUUGGUUCCCUGGUCAAGAAUGCGGUAACUCGAUCGCAGAUGUGCUCACCGGUGCGCAAACUCCUGAAGGUCAUCUUACCUGCACAUUCCCCAAGCGAAUCGAAGACUGUCCCGCCUACGGUAACUUCCCUGGCAAGCACGUCGACGGUGAACUCAGGGUUACCUACUCAGAAGGUGUCUUUAUCGGCUACCGUUACUUCGACUGCCUGUCCGCUGACAAAGUCAACUUCCCCUUUGGCUUCGGUCUCUCUUACACCACAUUCGACUACUCCGAUCUGGAAGUCAAGGAAUCAGGCGACGAUUACAUUGCAAGCGUAAAGGUUUCCAACACUGGCAAGGUUACUGGCGCAAUCGCUGUCCAGGUCUAUGUUGGUGCCGCUGAGACUCGCAAGGGAGAUCCAAUGAAGCAAUUGGCUGCUUUUGCCAAGGUCACGCUGAAGCCUGGUGAGAGUACAAAGGUGGAUGUGCCUGUUCGUACCCGCGAUUUUGCCUUCUUUGAUGAGUCGGCACAGAAGUGGGUGGUUAACGGCGGAGAGUAUAAGUUCAUGAUUGGAAGAUCAGCUGGUGAUAUUGCUUUGGAGUCCAAGGUCACUGUUGGAGACAAGUCUUUCAAGCCUUGA